CGGGUACCUUAGGUCGCAGUUGGAUGUCUUCCAAAGUCCAUACGUUAUGGUUUUCAAAAGCUGGCUCUCUAAUCACAGUUCUUUUUUGGUGGAUUUGGAGUGGAAUCAACACAACUUCACCUCAAAUCAUGAUUUGGGUGGAAAAAACAUCCAUCCCACCCUUAAUGCUAAGUACAUUGAAAUGCACCCAUGUUGUGAUACCCAUAUAUGAGUUGCAUUACCAGUAGGGAUUUUAAGAAGAAGAAGAAGAAGAAGAAGAAAGAGAAAAAGGUAUUUGGAAAUGGGCAUGUCUGUGCCUACGUUCUUCGACUCGUGCAUGGAUCUAUGGGAUACUUCACUUUCUCCUCAUAUGUAUGUAUAAUAUGGCUAAAAUGGUAGUGACGCUGUGUGCUACCCAUCACCCAUCAUUUCUAGGAUCUCCGUAAUAGAAAUAAUAAGAUCAAAGUUUUGCAACUAGUCUUGGAUUUCUGUUAUUUUUUAGGGGAAGAAGAAGCUGAUCUAUGUUUCUACUUGGUUAAACUACAUAUAACGAAGGUUGGGCUGUCGCAAGUUUUUUCAAGCAGAGUCUCAGCAUUUGGUUGGUCUUGUAAGAAUUUCAUCGUUUUGAAGCUGUACUGGCCACUUGCAUUGUUGGCAUGUCAUAUGCCUUCCUGGAUAGAAGUACAACAAGAAGAGCAUUUUGCCACCCUCUUUUACAACGUACUUUAGUUUUUAUGUGUUUACAUGUGAGAUGGGGAGUCGAGGAAGACCAUUGUUUGAUCUCAAUGAACCCCCAACUGAAGAGGAUGAAGAAAAUGAUGGUGGCCGUUUCCAGCCUCAAAAGUCACUUCCGUCUUCAAAUCCUUGCACUUCGGAUUUGUUUGUUGUGCCAGAAGGUUGUCAAAGGAUAGUCAAUAACCAUGCUUUCUCACAUGCAUCAUCUGUUUCAGGCUUCCAGCCUUUUGUUAGGUAUAAAGAUGUACAUAAUUCUAAAGGCUAUGCUUCGCAGAAGGCGGAUGAUUCGAAUUUGAAUCAUGGCUCAUCAUCUAUGGUAGCUAGUUAUGUUGGUGAAAGUAAAGUUACACGGUUGGUGACUUCAGUUGCUACAGAUGCUCAAGCUGUUGAAAGAGAAGAAGGGGAGUGGUCUGAUAUGGAGGGAACCUCUGAUGCACUCAGGAGCAAUACAAGUGGCAAGCAUGAAGAAACGGUCAAGAGGGAUGUUGAAACUGCACAGAAGCAAGGAGCGGGUGAAAGAACAGAUCAUUUUGAUUCAGGCAAGUCCUCUGAGAAUACUUCUCAUGAUGUUUUGCCUACUGACAGUAUCAAGGAUGAAGUCGUAGAUUCCACGAAGGAGGAGAAUAGUCACGCUUCUUUGGAAUCAGAGCAAGAGUUGUUUGAACGUUCCCAUAACAAUUGUAAAAAUUCAGAUGGCAAUGUCAAGGGACAAGUGCCUUCAGAUAAUUUGGAGGAUUCUUCUUCAGUUGUAAAACAGAAAGAUGUAAAAGGAGUCGAAGCAAGUCACGCAUUGAAGUUUGCAAAUAAUCCUGGAAAGAGGCAUAAGAUUGACCAGCACAAGGAAGCAAUGCUAGGUAAGAAACGUAGCAGACAGACAAUGUUUCUUAAUUUGGAGGACGUUAAGCAAGCCGGCCCUAUCAAAACCUCAACUCCGAGAAGGCAAAACUUUUCAUCACCUAUAGUCACUCGUACGGUGAAAGAAAUUCGUGCUAUUCCUGCUCCACCUGAACGAACUGGGGAAAGGCAAGGGCAGCCUAUACCCAGGGAUCAGAAGCAAGCAGAAACAAUCGGUACCGAAGGAAGUGCUACCCAGGAGACUGAUCGUAAGGCAGAAUCAAACGGGGAUAUAAAUUCAGGUCCUCAAGCUAGGUCUGUGAAACUAAAUAAUGGCGGCGAUCUGCCUGCCGAAGUAUAUCCACCUCCAGUUCCAAGACAGGGAUUAUGGAAGCAAUCCAUGGACCCGAGGCAGCUCAAGAAUCAGCAGGUCUCAACUAGGAAGCCUGCUGUGACUUGUCAAAACAGGGAAAAUGUGGAUGUGAAAUCUGGUAACAAGAAACACCCUCCCUUAAAGAAGCAACCAACAAACAAUACACAUUAUCAGGAUACAUCAGUGGAGCGUCUUCUUCGAGAGGUUACGAAUGACAAAUUUUGGCAUCAUCCAGGAGAGACAGAUCUCCAAUGUGUUCCGGGACGGUUUGAAUCUGUAGAAGAGUAUGCAAGAGUAUUCGAGCCUUUGCUUUUUGAGGAAUGCCGGGCACAAUUAUAUAGCACUUGGGAGGAACUCACAGAGACAGUCUCACGAGAUGCACACAUUAUGGUCCGCAUAAAAAGUGUGGAAAGGCGAGAGAGAGGGUGGUAUGAUGUGAUAGUUCUUCCAGCACAUGAAUGCAAAUGGGUGUUUAAGGAGGGCGAUGUUGCAAUUCUCUCAACCCCCAGGCCUGGUGCAGCAGCCAGAUCAAAGAGAAACAACAAUGCUGGUGUGACUGAAGAUGAUGCAGAGGCUGAGGUUACAGGACGGGUUGCUGGUACUGUUAGGCGGCACACACCUAUUGAUACUCGUGAUCCUCCCGGGGCCAUUCUUCAUUUUUAUGUUGGGGAUGCAUGUGAUUUGAAUAGCAUCGAUGACAAUCAUGUUUUAAGGAAGUUUCAGCCCAAGGGCAUCUGGUAUCUGACUGUUCUUGGAUCACUUGCAACUACUCAACGCGAGUAUAUUGCUCUGCAUGCGUUUCGCCGUCUCAAUUUGCAGAUGCAAACUGCUAUCCUAAAGCCCAGUCCAGAACAAUUUCCGAAAUAUGAAGAGCAACCUCCGGCAAUGCCGGAAUGUUUUACACAGAAUUUUGUUGAGUAUCUUCGUAGGACUUUCAAUGGGCCACAGUUGUCUGCCAUUCAGUGGGCUGCAAUGCAUACAGCUGCUGGUACAAAUGGUGGUGGGAUGAUGAAAAGGCAAGAUCCUUGGCCUUUCACUCUUGUUCAAGGGCCUCCAGGAACAGGAAAGACCCACACAGUGUCGGGGAUGCUAAAUGUCAUCCAUCUUGUUCAAUAUCAGCACUACUACACUGCGCUGCUGAAGAAACUUGCUCCCGAAAGUUAUAAGCAAGCUAAUGAGAUUAGUUCUGAGAGUUUCAGCACAGGAUCCAUUGAUGAAGUUUUGCAGAGUAUGGAUCAGAAUCUUUCUCGUAUCCUCCCAAAACUCUGUCCAAAACCUCGAAUGCUUGUAUGCGCCCCAUCAAAUGCAGCCACUGAUGAAUUGCUGACACGUGUUCUUGACCGUGGGUUCAUUGAUGGCGAGAUGAAAGUUUAUCGACCUGAUGUUGCUCGGGUUGGUGUCGAUUCACAAACACGUGCAGCUCAGGCCGUAUCUGUUGAGCGAAGGACUGAGCAGCUUCUAGUUAAAGGUCGUGAGGAAGUUAUUGGUUGGAUGCACCAGUUGAGAGUUCGUGAAGCCCAGUUCUCACAACAGAUAGCUUCUCUUCAGAGAGAACUCGUUUCUGCAGCUGCAGCUGUCCGUUCUCAAGGAUCUGUUGGUGUCGAUCCUGAUGUUCUUGUUGCUCGAGAUCAUAAUCGAGAUGCUUUACUGCAGAAUCUAGCAGCAGUUGUAGAGGGAAGGGACAAAGUGUUGGUAGAAAUGUCCCGCCUUCUCAUUCUAGAAGGCAGAUUUCGUCCUGGAAGCAACUUUAACCUGGAGGAGGCCCGAGCAAAUCUGGAAGCGAGUUUUGCCAAUGAAGCUGAGAUUGUUUUCACUACGGUUUCAAGUAGUGGUCGCAAGUUAUUCUCUCGCCUCACUCAUGGCUUUGAUAUGGUGGUUAUUGAUGAGGCUGCCCAGGCAAGUGAAGUAGCGGUACUCCCCCCUCUUUCUCUUGGUGCUGCACGGUGUGUUCUUGUCGGGGAUCCGCAGCAACUCCCAGCAACUGUCAUUAGCAAGGCAGCUGGUACUUUAUUAUACAGCAGAAGCCUUUUUGAGAGGUUCCAACAAGCAGGCUGCCCUACAAUGCUGUUGUCUGUGCAGUACAGGAUGCAUCCUCAAAUCCGUGAUUUCCCUUCCCGGUACUUCUACCAAGGACGGCUGACUGACAGUGAGAGUGUUGUCACUAUGGCUGAUGAGACCUACUACAGCGACCCUUUGUUGAAGCCUUACGUAUUUUAUGAUGUUACCCAUGGGCGAGAAUCUCACAGGGGAGGAUCUGUUUCGUAUCAGAAUAUUCAUGAGGCCCAGUUCUCCCUGAGGUUGUACGAGCAUCUUCAGAAGACUCUGAAAUCCUCUGGAGGGAAGAAGGUGUCUGUUGGCAUAAUAACGCCUUACAAAUUACAGUUGAAGUGUCUGCAACGGGAGUUUGAGGAGGUUCUGAAUUCAGAAGAAGGCAGGGAACUGUAUAUAAACACUGUAGAUGCAUUUCAGGGCCAAGAACGGGAUGUCAUAAUCAUGUCUUGUGUCCGUGCAUCAAAUCAUGGUGUGGGCUUUGUUGCUGACAUUCGCCGUAUGAAUGUUGCUCUCACUCGUGCAAGGAGAGCUCUAUGGGUUAUGGGCAAUGCCAAUGCUCUGAUGCAAUCUGAUGACUGGGCUGCAUUGAUUGGAGAUGCUAAGGCAAGGAACUGCUUUGUAGACAUGGAUUCUAUCCCAAAGGACUUCUUGGUUCCAAAAGCACCUGCUUACACUCCUCUGCCAGGUAAGGCUUCUUCCAACAUGAGGGGAAUGAGGAUGAACGGGCCCAGACACAGACACCUGGACAUGCCUCCAGAACCCAAGUCUGCGGGACACUCAGAAGAAGAUGAGAAGUCAAACUUGUCCAUAUCCAGGAAUGGAUCUUACAGGAAUUUGAAGCCACUGACAGAGAGUUCCUUGGAUGCCAUAGAACAAUCAGGGGAUAAAUCUCGAGAAGCCUGGCACUAUGGUAUUUUGAAGAGGCAAAGUUCUGCUGGGAUAUGCAAAAGAGAAUCAUAGUCAGACGUAUGGUGAUAUCUGCAGGUUUUCUCUACACCUUGGGGUUUGAGUGCCAUUUUCUUCUGAUUUUUGGCACAGAUCCCUGAUAUUGUGCCAUUUGAAUGUGCUCUGCACCCUUUGACUGGCAUGCACUCUUGUUGCAACAAAGCACCCGAAGUCCGUGCGAGUUGAUGCUCAAUCCGGUGGCAUGCCUUAACCCUGGCACGUCAAGCAAUGUGAUAUAUGAGGAUAUUUUGCAUAUUGAUGUGCUGGGAGAGAGGAUCAAAAGACAACAUUGAAGUGAAGCAGUAAGCUCAUUUUCUUGAGCAUGCCAAAUUGCUCAAAAGAAAGCAUCGGGGAUGAUCGGAUUGAAAAGCUGCGAACUUUGGAGAGGGGUUGCUUGGCACUGAAUCUGGUAACAAGAUUGUGGGUUAAACCUCCUUUCUACGAACAGAUCAUCGGCUGCCAGCCUUCGAUACUCUUCACUGUGUUGAUGCAACCUGAGGUUCUUGCUGAGUUGAUUGCUUCUAUACAAACCUUGCAAACUCAGGAUAAAUCAUGAGAAGCCCCGGUUGGCAGAAUCUGCGAGUUCCAGCAUCCAACUGCCAAUAGAAGGUUCUUAUGGCUUGUUGAGGUCAAGUGUGGACCAUAAUCUGCCCGUUCCUUUCAUCACCCUCCACUAUGGCAUGUCGGCGACACCCUGAAACCAUGGAAUCUGGUUUGAAAGAAAUUGAGUUCUGCAAAUGCUUAGGGUGCAUGCGCGGAUAUGUUAGAUUGACCAUGGCCUCUUCAAAGAAAGAAGCCUAAUGUGAAUGCCAUACUCGAAGAAACAGCGAAAUUCUGUACAGUACAGUGGAUACAGGAUUAUUUCAAAGAAAAUCGUAGAGGCGACUGGGAUGUCACCCGUCUGUUGUUUUGUACAUUACAAAUAUUGUGAUAAAAAUAAAAUUCUUUCUUGUUUCAA